AUGGAGAGCAAUACAGAACUAUCGAAGAUUGCACUGAUCCUGUGGGACAAUGGUAUUAACAGACUGCAGCCAGGGAUAGACAACAAGAUCAACCUUCAGUUAGCUUUCAUUUCCCUGCUGGAUAAUUAUGAAGCUGACACAAGAGAACCAGAGACUAUCACCCCAGAGGAGGAGCAAGAGAUUCGCAGCUUUCUGGAUGUUGUCAUGGAAACCCCAGUGCUGCAGAUUGCACACAGGUACUUAGUCGAGAAGUGGAGGGCAAAAGAGAACAAAGAGGAAUUCAAACAGCAAUUGUAUGACAUCUGGUUCUGCCUGUAUGCUCGCAAAGGUUCCAGUCACCCCGAUUCAUCAGGUUUUGAGCAUGUAUUUGUUGGUGAAACCUGAGGUGGAUGAACAGUGAUUGGAUUCCACAAUUGGAUUCAGUUCUACCUUCAGGAAAAGCUGGGUCAUGUGGAUUACAGAGGAUACACAAUGCAAGAUAACCAGCUCAAACCAGGUGAGAAAAAGCAUCUAAUCACGUCGCAUUUCUACUGGAAGAAUGGGGUUAAGCCUCAGGGCAGCUGCUUUAUGGGGGUGAACCCAGAGUUUGAGUUUGCCCUCUACACCAUCAUCUUCCUCAGCUCGUCCAGUCAACACCACAAGCUCCGGUUCAGUCAGUACGGAGUGGAGAUCGUGUGUCACAGCAACAAACACAAAUCCCUUUUUUACCCUAUUUUAUUGCAGUACUUAACCGAAGCUUCAUGGCUGUGA